CCCGACUCCUCCGCUGCCACCCCGGGGUCCCCUCCUUGCACCCCCGGACUCCCAGUGCCCCCCCAGUCCCUUCCUUGCACCCUGAGACUCUUCCUUGUGCCCCAAGGUCCCCUGCUGGUACCCCAAAAGUCCUCUCCUUAUGGCCAGCAGGUUCCCGCCGGCUCUCGGAGGUCCCCUGUUUGCACCCCGCUUGUCCCCCGCGGUCCCCACCUGGCACCCAGCCCGAGCAGAGGCAGCGCCCAUGGAGUUCUCGGAGCUGAUCAAGACGGCGACAGUGGAGAACGUGCUGCUGUCGCGACCGGGGCUGCCGGCGGUCAGGGGCACCCUGUGCAUCACCAGCCACCACCUGCUGCUCUCCUCCAGCCCCCGCGGCGACCUGGAGCUCUGGCUGCUCAUCCGCAACGUGGACGCCGUGGAGAAAAGAGUGCACAAUUUAGGCUGGUACCAGCCCCCCCGGACCGGCGGCUCCCUGCGGGACACCAGGGUCUCCGGCUCCUCCGGCACCAUCACGCUGCGCUGCAAGGACCUGAAGGUGCUGCAGCUGGAGAUCCCGGGCAUGGAGCAGUGUCUGAACAUCGCCAGCUCCAUCGAGGCGCUCUCCUCGGUGGACUCGGUGAUGAUGAUGUACCCGUUCUUCUAUCGCCCCCCGGGCCUGCGGCUCCAGCAGGGCUGGCACCAGUCCCCCCUCGAGCGAUACUUCCAGCAGGUCUCCUCGCAGACGAGCCAGUGGCGGCUGAGCACCGUGAACCGGGACUUCAGCGCCUGCCCCUCGUACCCUCCCGCCGUGAUGGUGCCGGCGGCCGUGGGCGAUGACACCGUGGCCAAGGCAGCGGCGUUCCGGCAGGGCGGGCGCUUCCCCGUGCUCAGCUACUUCCACCCCAAAAACGGCACCGCCCUGCUCCGCAGCAGCCAGCCCCUGACCGGGCCCAACCGCCGGCGGUGCCGUGAGGACGAGAAGCUCUUGGGGACAAUCCUGGAUGAGGGCGAGCGAGGUUUCAUCAUCGACACGCGCUCGGCACAGGCGGCCAAGCAGGCCCGGAUGAGCGGCGGCGGCACCGAGCCCAAAUCCUCGUACCCGCAGUGGAGGAGGCUCCACCGAGCCCUGGAGAGAGGCCGCCCGCUGCAGGAGAGCUUCAUCAGGCUGGUGGAGGCGUGCGCUGAGCAGGGCAUGGACCGCUGGCUGGGCCGGCUGGAGAGCAGCCGCUGGCUCGGCCACGUCAAGGCCGCCCUGAGCACGGCCUGCCUGGCUGCUCAGUGCCUGGACAGGGAGGGCUGCAAGGUGCUGGUGCACGGGGCCGAGGGGACAGACACGACGCUGCUGGUGACGGCGCUGGCCCAGCUCAUCCUGGACCCGUCCUGCCGCAGCCUGGAGGGGUUCCAGGGGCUGCUGGAGCGGGAAUGGAUCCAGGCCGGGCACCCCUUCCAGCUGCGCUGUGCCCGCUCCGCCUCCUCCCACGGCCGAGGGAAGCAGGAGGCUCCGCUUUUCCUCCUCUUCCUCGACUGCGUGUGGCAGCUGAGCCGCCAGUUCCCCUUCUCCCUGGAAUUUGGGGAGCAGCUGCUCCUCACCCUCUUUGACAACGCCUACGCCUCCUCCUACGGCACCUUCCUGUGCAACAACGAGAAGGAGAGGAGCCUCUGUAAGGUGAAGGAAAGCACACACUCGCUCUGGGCCUGGCUGAACCAGCCCGAGGAGAGGCAGAAGUACCUGAACCCUCUCUACUCACACAACUCCCUGGUGAUCUGGCCCUCUGUGGAGCCCCAGAGCAUCCAGCUCUGGCAGGGUUUAUUCCUUCGUUGGAUCCGUCCUUCCCAGCACCUGGAUGAGGCCUGGGCGGAGAUCCGGAGGUUGGUGGAGGGAAACAACUCCUCCACCAAGGAGAGCGCAGGGAAAAGGCUGAGCCUGACCUUCCCUGACCCCACUGCAGGGACACAGAACGGGAGGUGAAGCGUGGCCAGCUGGGUCCCCAUGGGAUUUGGGAUAAGGUGGAUCUUCCCAUGGGAAGGGCUGUGCUGGACACAGACCCCAUGGACAGCUCUGGCAGAGGGGACAGACCCCCUUUCCCAGCCUUUAGCUGCCCAGCCCCAGCUCAUUGCAGUAAAUCUCUCUCCCAGCC